GCACCGGGGACCUGAAGAGAGAGUCUUGGAAAUGGCCACCCCUUCAAGUUGAAAAGACCUGAUAUUUCCUUAUUCGUUAUUUAUAGCGUCUUAUAACGUAGUCCGACCGUUCCUAGUAUAAUACUAGGAAAUCUUUUAUCUCGCCACUACGAUUCUUUGGAUAACGCUAGAAGAUGCGUUAAAAUGCUUAAUGAAGAGCAAAAAGAAAAGUAUGCAGAAAUGGCUCGUCAGUGGAAAGCUACCAAGUCAGAAGUAGUAGUAGAAAAGCCACCUAGAGAAGUCCCAGUACCGUUUCCUACUCAAAGUCAGGAUACGAUUCCUGUUACAAACCUUACAAGUCCAUUUAAGUAUGAACAAGUUGUGCUCGAAACUCCGUUCUACUUUCUGAAUAUCUUCAGUCAUGGAGUGUUGCCCCCUCACUGUAGUCAGCGUUUCCUCCCUUGUGAAAUUGGGUGUAUCAGAUAUUCACUUAAGGAUGGCAUAAUUGCAGAAUUGCAUCAUUUUAUAAAUCCUGGAGAAGUACCACGAGGUUUUCGGUUUCAUUGCCAGGCUGCAGGUGAUGCUACUCAUAAAAUUCCCAUAUCUGGAUUUGAUAUUACAACUGCAAGUUACUCAGUUGUGUUGCAUGACCUAUACGCGUUCAUCAAACCACAAAGGGGCAACUGGCCAUCUGUAUAUUGUAAGUCUGAUGAUCUCUUCAGAGUUAACUGGUGCCUAAAAUAUAUGGCUAAAGAAACAGGCACAGUCAAUCAUCUAAAGCUUUUAAAUGUGGAGGAUCUUGUUGUGGAACUGUAUCAUCAGAAACUUCAAAAAGAACCUUCUAAAACUUGGGUGUGUAACACACUGGAUGCCUCCAUGUGGGAUUACUCAGGAAAUACUAGGUGUCAGUGGCACGAAAAAAAUGAUAUUGUAUUUUGUGCUCUUGCUACAUGCAAGAAAAUUGCGUAAGUAUACAUUUUUAUUUUACUUUGUAUAAAGUUUUUG